UUUACUUUUUUUUUCGACAUCUUAGGGAGGCUGCAGUGAUCCACACUACUCUCUGAGUUUCGCCAUGCCGCCCAAAGACGACAAGAAGAAGAAGGAUGCCGGAAAGUCGGCCAAAAAAGACAAAGACCCAGUAAAUAAAUCUGGUGGCAAGGCCAAAAAGAAGAAGUGGUCCAAAGGCAAAGUUCGGGACAAGCUGAACAAUCUCGUCCUGUUUGACAAAGCUACAUAUGACAAGCUCUGUAAGGAAGUUCCCAACUAUAAGCUUCUUACUCCAGCUGUGGUCUCUGAGAGACUGAAGAUUCAAGGUUCCUUGGCCAGGGCAGCCCUUCAGGAGCUACUUAGUAAAGGACUUAUCAAGCUGGUUUCCAAGCACAGAGCCCAAGUAAUUUACACCAGAAACACAAAGGGUGGAGAUGCGCCAGCUGCUGGUGAAGAUGCAUGAGCAGAUUCAAUCAGCUGUACAUUCGGGAAAAUAAAACUUUAUUGAAUCAAAAAA